AUGAUUGUAAGAUGGAAAUUAAAAUUUGAGUUUAAAAGUUUAUUAAUUAUUGAAAUUUUUUUAAUUUUUUUAAACAUUGUAAACGCUAAUUAUGAAAAUUACAUCAAAAAUAUAAUUUCAUUGCAAAGAAGUAAAAGACAAACAGGAAAUUGUGGGAUAACAUGUAGUGAUUUUGUAGAAACAAGUCAAUUGUUUAUCUUUGAAAAAGGAAGUUUUUCUGUUAAUUAUACGAUAGAUUCUAAUGGAUGUAAAACGGCAGAUUUAUUAUGCAAAGGAACAGGGCCAUCAAAUGCAUUGACAAUGACAUUACUAUUUACAGUUGAUGAAAAUACUGGUGAAUUCAGAGAAUUGGGACUUGAUGAUCCAACAAAUUUACCUGAAUUAAUAAAUGCUCAAUUAAAAUGUUCUUCAAAUGGAGUGUGGAAUUUUAAAGGUUUAGAAUAUUCAAAUUUACUUUCAUGUGAAUCUUUAUUUAUUCUUGAUUGUAAUGAAUUAAACCAAGUUGAUAUAGAAAAUACAAAUGCUCUUUUGCCUAUACCUCAUUCUAAUUCUGUAAAAGGUACUGUUCAACUAUCAACAAAUUCUAAUGAUAUGGGUGAAGAAAUAAAAACUAUUGAAUUAUGUAAAGCAGCAAAACAGACUAAUUAUGUUGCUAUUAUGGCUGAAACGACAGACGGAAAAUAUGUAGUUAUUUCUAAAGAAGAAUCUUAUACAUAUGCUGAAUUUGUUUGUCACAAAGGGCAGCUAAUAUCAAAUGAAGGAAUUCCAGGAACUUUUACAGGAAAUUUUAUAUGUCAAGAAUAUGAACCAAUUCCCGACUGUAAUCCAUUGGAUAUAAAACAAAUAUCAUUAAAUGAUGCAAACUUAAACGUUCCUAAUGAAAUUACAUAUCCAUAUAAAAUUAGUACAGGAAAUGUAGAUAAAAAUGAAAUAAUACUAAAAACAGGAUUUAGAGAUAUUCAACUCACAUGCCAAGGUAAAGAUGCAACAAGAUAUGUUAUUUUUGCCGUAAAAUCAACAAAUGAUCAAGAUACAAAUAUACAAUCAGGACAAUAUACACAUUCAGUAUUAAUUUCAUGUAAAAACAAUGUAUGGAUUACAGAAACUGGUGUACAAGUAACAGGAGAAAUUGUUUGUGAUGAAAUUGAAAAAGUAGAAGAAACAACAACAGAAACUAUAGAAAUGACAACAACAGAAUCAUGUAUUAAAUGUCCAAGUCCUACUAUUGGAAACGUCGUAACAGAAGGUUUUAUAAAGGCAGAUCUUGAAAUAAAUACUAUUAAUGAUUUAACAUAUAAUUGUGAAGUUUUAGUACUUUCAUGUAAAAGUAAAUAUGGAAAUAACAAUAUUGCUUUACUUGCAACAAAACAGGAUAAAACAUUUCUUGAUAUGAAAUAUGGUCCAUAUAAUAAUCAGGUUAAAAUUUAUUGUGAUAAAAAUGGUUUUUACAAAUCGCAAGCAGUUGGAGGAACAGAAUUGACUGGUGAAUUUGUUUGUGAAGAGCCAUCUUUGUUAACUACAUCAAAUACACCAGAAACAACAGAAUCAAAAGUAUGCAAUAGUUGUGAAACAAUUGUAGAAGGAAAUCCUAUUACACCAGGAGCCAGUUCUGGAACACUUGUUUCAACCCAAACAACUAAUCAAAAUGGUUGUAUUGUAACUACAUUAAAUUGUAAAGCUUCAAAUGAUAAAAUUUUGUCGGCAAUAAUGGUGCAAAAUCCAGAAAACACUUAUCAUAUGCUUCAAAGAGGUUUUUAUGAAAUAGAAGGACAGCUUAUAUGUAAUGACAAUAAUCAAUGGGAGGAUAAAAAUAAAGUUUUAUUAUCAGAAGUUGUUAUAUGCGAACAAUAUAACGAACAAACGACAGAAGCAACAACAUUAGAUAUUUCCAAAAUAACAGAGAAAGCAGUAUUUGAAACUUCUACUUUCCAUCCAACAGUAAGUUCAACAACAGAAGAUACAACAACAGAAUCUUCAUCACUAACUUCUAAGACUACUGAUAAUUUGACAACUGAAUCAUCUGUAACGUCACCUACAACAAAAGAAUCUUAUACAACUACAGAUGAAGAUACAACAAAAUUAUCUACAAUAGAAGAUUCAACAACAGAAUCUUCAUCACUUACCUCUAAGACUACUGAUAGUUUGACAACUGAAUCAUCUAUAACAUCACCUACAACAAAAGAAUCUUUUACAACUACAGAUGAAGUUACAACAAAGUCAUCUACAAUAGAAGAUUCAACAACAGAAUCUUCAUCACUUACCUCUAAGACUACUGAAAAUUUGACAACUGAAUCAUCUACAACAUCACCCACAACAAAAGAAUUUUUUACAACUACUGAUGAAAAUACGACAAAAUCAUCUAUAACAUCACCUACAACAAAAGAAUCUUUUACAACUACAGAUGAAGAUACAACAAAAUUAUCUACAAUUAAAGAUUCAACAACAGAAUCAUCGUUACUUACUUCUAAAACUACUGAUAGUUUGACAACUGAACCAUCUAUAACGUCACCUACAACAAAAGAAUCUUAUACAACUACAGAUGAAGUUACAACAGUUUCUUUAAUAAUAAAUUCUACAAUAACAGAUAAAUCAACAUUUGAAUCUUCUACUUCUUUUGAAACAACUUCUGUACCAACUACUUGUUAUUCUCCAAAUGGCAUAUGGAGUAGUUGGAGGACAGUUAAAGAGUGUUCUGAUAGUUGUGGAUCAUGUGGAAUUACAGUUAAAGAAAGAGAAUGUUUAAGUUUAAAGUUUAAUAUUCCUUGUAUUGGAGAAAAUGAAAAAGUUGAACGAUGCAAUCAUAAACCUUGUACUUUUCCAAGAUUAUCUUGUUGUCAUGGUUUGAAUGCUACUGUUAAAAAUAAAGAAAUUGUUUGUGAUUCAAUACCAAUUGAUGAUCCUCCACCUAUAUCAUUAGAUUGUCAACCUAGUAAUGGAAUAUGGAAUAUAUGGGAAAAUUGGAGUUCAUGUACUACUUGUGGAAGUUGUGGUAUAAUUAGUAGAAGUAGAAAAUGUUUAACUACUAAUUCUUCAUGUCUUGGUGAUGCUACUGAAAUACAAUCAUGUAAAUAUGAAGGAAUAUGGAGUGAGUGGAAAGAAACUGUUCCAUGUAGUGAUAAUUGUGGACAAUGUGGAGAAAGAACAUUAGAAAGAACAUGUUUAACUAUUGAUACAUGUCCAUGUAAAGGAUUAUCUAAAAAAACAGAAAUUUGUGGUUUUCCACCCUGUGUAUUUCCGAGAAAUUCAUGUUGUAUUGGAAAAGCAACUGUUAUAUCAAAACAAAUAUUAUGUGGACCAAUUUCUAAGCCAACAGUUGAAGAAAUACCUUCUUGUACAAAUUGUUUAGUUAUUGGUGGAAUAUGGUCAGAAUGGACUUCUGCAUCUUGUACUGAUACCUGUGGAAUGUGUGGAGUAAUCAAACGUCAACGAAAUUGUUUAACUGUUGAUAAAGGUUGCGAUUGUGUUGGAAAUAAUACAUUAUAUAGUACAGAAGCAUGUGGUGAGAUUGUAUGUGCAUAUCCAAGAUCAUUAUGUUGUGAAGGUUAUACAAGAAAAAUUGUCAACAAAAAAUUUGUAUGUGCUAAAUAA